UGUCAGUUGUUCAUGUUCGUCGGAUAUGGGAGCAGAAGAUGGCGUACUGGUGCUUGUGAGUGUCAGAGUCUUCGUAGGAAGCCAGCCAAGUGCACAGAUUUGAUGGAAUUUCGGCAUUGGUAAUAUGAAACUCUCAACAAACGGUCCAUUCUUAGUUUUUGAGGCUUUCGUCAUGAUGUCGCCGAGCCUCGGGGAGACGCAUGAAUUGAAGGGAAGUCGCUGCUCAGAACAAGAAGCCUUGUUGCCGUGGCAACACCCCUAUCAAUGCUGCAUCCAAGUCAACUUGAAUGAGAAACACUUCAGUUCUGCACACAUCAGAGAGGGAAUCAAAGAACCGCAUUGGAGAAGUCUUUAAUGAAGGGGCGCUUUAUCGGUUCUCUAUCCAGAAGCAAAAGGGGAUGGAUGGGGCCUAAAUACUCGAGGUUUGUGUCCUUUGCUAUUCUG